AUGUUUCUUCUUAGAAAGCAAACCCAGAAUCAGCCAGAGAAUGGUUCCUCAAAUCAUGAUGCUAAGGUGGCUGAACUAAGAACUGCUAUUGGGCCCUUAUCCGGGCGUCGAUUGAUGUAUUGCACAGAUGCUUGUUUAAGGAGGUAUUUAGAAGCACGGAAUUGGAAUGUUGAUAAAACCAAGAAAAUGCUGGAAGAAUCACUUAAGUGGAGAUCUAGUUAUAAGCCUGAGGAAAUCCGUUGGGCUGAAGUAGCACAUGAAGGCGAGACGGGGAAAGUAUCUCGAGCUAACUUUCAUGAUAGACUUGGGAGGACAGUGCUUAUUAUGAGACCAGGGAUGCAGAACACAGCAUCACCCGAAAAUAAUAUCAAGCAUUUAGUCUAUCUGUUGGAAAAUGCUGUACUUAAUCUUUCCGAUGGUCAAGAACAAAUGUCAUGGUUGAUAGACUUCACAGGAUUUACAUUUGGCACAAACAUUGCUAUUAAAACUGCUCGUGAUAUUAUUCACAUUUUACAAAACCACUAUCCAGAAAGGCUUGCUAUUGCUUUUCUGUAUAAUCCACCAAGAAUAUUUCAGGCUUUCUGGAAGGCUGUGAAAUACUUCCUGGAUCCCAAGACAGCCCAGAAGGUAAAGUUUGUUUAUCUCAACAACAAAGACAGUGUGGAACUGAUGAAAUCACUCUUCGACAUGGAAAACCUUCCUAGUGAAUUUGGCGGAAAAGCUACUUUACAGUAUGACCAUGUAGAGUUCUCAAAGUUAAUGACUGAGGAUGAUGCGAAAACUGCAAAGUUCUGGGGACUUAAUGACGAGAAGCCCUUCACUACUAAGAAUGGCCAUGGCGGGGCAGAAGUAGCACCAGAACCAGUAUAG